CUUUUCACACACCCGCACGUCACUCUAGCAUUCCACUCGUCACCGUCCCUCCUCUUCUUCACCUUCUUCAUUGUAUUUCUUCUUCUGACGUUAACAUAACGUCCUCUCUCUCUCUCUGCAAAAACAAAGAAAUAAAAAAGACCGUUACACAAUGGCGAAGUGCGUGACUUUCUCUCUCUAAAUAACCUGGAAAUCCAGCUGAAUCUGAAACGGCCAUGGCCAAUUGGAUCUCAUCCAAACUCAAAGCCGCUGAAACUCUUCUCCAACAGAUCGAUCAGCAAGCGGCGGACUCGCUUCGCAAGGACGAGAGGCCUUAUGCCGAUGAACUAAAUGUCCAUACGCCGACAAAAAGCGAGGGCAUUGUGCCUCUGAAAGAUCAAUUAAAGAAAAAACCACAAGAGAACAAUGACUAUAAUGGAAAAUUGCGCAGCGAUCCAAAUUUCAGUACUCUUAAUAGUAAGGAAAUUGAGAUUUCUAGUGCCCCGAAACCCUCACCUAAACCUAAGUCUUCUACACUUACGGAUAGUGAUUGGACUGAACUCCUUGGCACGCCUAAUCAGACCGCAAGCUCUGUGGUGAAUCGCAGUAAUGGUGGGAGUGUGAUUCGCGGGUUGAGGAAGGAUGGUAAGAGACGAGGGAGUUCAGUGGCAAAUGUUUUGGUAUCGGAGGUGAAGAGGAAUCAGAAGAGUAGUGGUAGUGGUAGUAGUGUUUUGAAAUCGAGCUGGAAGUCAGGGGAGGAAAGUAAGUUUAAAGGGAAAGCGGGUGAUGGGGAGGAGUCUAGCUCUUCGGAUUCGUUGGGGAGGUCUUCGAGUGUUGAUGUGCAGAGUGAUGGUAAGUACUUAGAAACGGGUGUGAAGCUCGUAGGAGAAUCAAAGAAUGAGAGAAAUGAAGAGAAUGGCAGGCAUUUUGACUCCAAGGGUGUUUCUUCGGAGGAUUCUUCACCAUUGAAUCGAACUGUGGAGAUGAAGUCGGUCUUGGAGAAGGUUGAUGUAGUAUCUGAUGUGAAGACUAGAAUGAUGGAUGAUGUUCAGGGUAGGUUGAGAAAUACUAUAAAGGAAAAGCAGAAAUCCGUUGCAUCAUCCAGAAGUUCUGUCUCUGAUGAUUUAAAGAGAGGUUCUUCUUCGACGAUUGAUUUGAGUUCUGAUUCAGAUUCAGAUUCAGGUUCAACUUCUGACUCCGAGAGUGAAAACGAGAGGAAGGAAAAGAAGAGGAGGAGGGAAAAGAUUCUGGCUGAAAAAUUGGCAGCUAGAGCUGUGGGGGCUAUCAAAGAGAGGGAGAAUGUGGUUGCCAGGUUGGAGGGGGAGAAGCAGAGCUUGGAGAAAAUACUAGAGGACCGAGCCAAACAACAAGCACAAGAGGCUUCCGAUCUACAGACAACUAUGAUGGAAACACUUGAUGCUGUUGAUAUAGAGAAACAGAAGCAUAAUAAUACUAGAAGGGAGGCCCUUGCACGAUUGGCUAAACUUGAGACUGCUAAUGCUGAUCUUGCAAGAUCCCUUGCUACUGUGCAGUGGAAUCUUGAAGUACAGGUUAAUUGGGUAGCAGAAUUUCGGGAUCAAAUUGAAUUGAAAGAAGCGACCUGUGAAGAGAUCAAGAGAAGGAUCUCAAAUUCUCAUCAGACUGGAACAUCUCUAAAACAAUUAGCUGCUUCAAAAGGAAUGGAAUUUGAACGAGAGAUACUAGAGGCAGAAUAUUCUCUCAUAGCUGAUAAAGUUAUACAAUUGCAAGAUAAGGCAAAGAAGCUGGAAGCAAACAUUGAAAUUACAAAGAAAGAGAUAGAGGAGCCAACUGAAGUUGAAACUGAGCUCAAGCAAAGGCUUGGUCAGAUGACUGAUCAUUUAAUUCAGAAACAAGCCCAGGUUGAGGCUCUCUCCUCAGAGAAGGCAACUCUUCUCUUCAGAAUUGAGGCGGUUUCAAGAUUUCUAGAUGAAAACAAGACAAUGCUAGCGGAUUCUAUAAGUACUUCAUCAAGGGACUUGGAAUCAGGAAGGUGGGAGCUCUCAGAAUCAGAGUGGGGGCCUCUGUUUCAUGACAGGAUGCGUUCAGGCAGGAAACACUUGGGAUCAUUGCUUCAGCAGUUGGAUGCUAUUUUCUUGGCUGGUCAGGUAUUUUUAAGGAGGAAUUCCAGAGCGAAGGUGUGGUCUCUGGCUUACCUUGUAUGCCUUCACUUCUGGGUCAUUUAUAUAUUCAUGUCACAUUCUCGAGAAUCAAAUGGAGCCAAAUCUGGUGCUGUCAUUUCCUUGGAAAACAUUAAUAACACUGCAGGUGUAUGAUUUGUAAUAUAUUGUGCUUUUCUUCAUUAUUCAUUUGAUUGCCUCAGCUUUUAAGAGGUCUUCAUUUCUUGGUGUAUUAUGGAAACUAGUCCCCCCCACACAUCGAGUAACACUGAAUAUGUAGGGAUUGUAUUUAGGGAUGUAAUUAGUCACACAACUUCACAUCAAUGCAGUGCAAAAAAAUUUCCUACCA